AUGGCUGGCCGAGAGACUCGAAAAGGAUCAUCAAGCGCACGCUGUCCCCAAAGUAAGGGUAGAGCAAGAGCCCAAAAAGGCAAACAGAGACAGCAGUCUCUGCCGUCCGGAGAUCAUGGAGAGCCUGAUCAGCAACAAGUUGGUGAAGUUGCUCACGAAUUUGCACCUGGGCCGGCUUAUCUCCCACCGCUAUCUGAUCAGGGGUACAAGCCGGUUCCAGACGCGCUUGGCCCAAUUGGGGCUAUCCCCGAUGACCGUCCUAUGCUUCAUUUUAAUUCGGAUUCGAAUAAACCAUUUCCGGAUAAUGGACGGGUUCCAUUUCCACGACACUUAUUCAGGAGACUUGAAGCAGAACUAUAUCCAGCAAACGCACAAGGUUACGCCUGGGCUAUUGCUGCAGGGUAUGAUGGCCCUCUGUUGCCUAAUCCAGCACUGACGGCUAUGCUCCCAAAAGACAGUCAUGGUCCCGAGAAUCAAGGAAUACGAUCUUUCAGCGGCGAGGUCAAGUCAAGCCGAGAUACAAGCCCCUCUGGAGCUGGAAUUGUUCGCUUGGCCAAGGUACAUGUUUACCAAAAAAGGCUCAAGCCAAACAGCAUUGCCGUUCCAACUGUCAAAUUGCCAACGUUAAGGGGGAUUGUUGUAAGACAGUUUAGGGACAAGAAUGAGGACGGGCCUAUUGUCCUUCCAGAAAUAAGGAAAACGGUGUCUUUACUUGUGGGAAGUUUACCACCCCUCAGCCGUGGAUUCCUUGCAAACCAUCUCAUUAGCACCUGGAAAGACCGUGAAUGGCACGCGACAGGGGUCCCUAGACCAGAAUAUCCGGACUGGACUUCCAGGACUAUCAGAAAAUGCCGUAUUACCAACCGCGGCCACAGUAAUGGUUACCGGAGCUUUGGUGACCUUGCUCAGUUGGACUUUGACUCAGUCUCUCUUGGGAAUUUCUCAAUAGUGAAGGCUGAAGAUAUCCCCGAAUUUAAGGAUAUGUCAGUUGUCCAGCGCGAAGAAUUCAGGCCUGAAUUUAACAUAUUUCAGCACUUGGUUAGGCAUCCCGAACUAAUUAUUAUCAUGGCAAAGUAUCUUCGGGUCCAAGAGCUGCUGAUUCUCUAUUGCAUGUCCAGACCGUUUCAUCAUAUCGUUCGCAAUCGUAUUACUGGAAUCAUCAUUUCCCAGGCGCAUCGUCGAGCUAUGGAAUCGGCGCAGAUCUUCCCCUUCCGUUGCUUUGGUAAGCUUUGCUUUACUGAUCCCACUAAGCAGCCACAUCAAGUCCCGGAGAGAGCAGAGGCAGGAGAAUUUCGCCAGGUUCCUUCUUUCCGAUGGUUGUUAAUGAUAUGCUACCGGGAAAUGGUAUGUCACCAGAUAGUCACCAUCAUGGCAGAAGACGGCUUGCCCGUUCCUGAUAAUUGCACCUCUGUCCUGAAGAAAAUAUGGCUUCUGCUGGAUAUUCCGGACAAUAAGCGACGUAUUGCACUGGUUCGGCAAACAUCUAUUUUCAGUGACCUUGACCUUUUUUUCGCCAUGAUGCUCUUUGUCAAGAUCGAUAUGCGGUUCACUGAUCCUGUUACGGGCAAUGGAAAGGAUGGUAUGCGUCGCCUGCUCCUGGCACAGCCAAGUCUCACAAUGUUAUGGAGAGCUCUAAGACGCACAGCUCUAGUCAGCAAAUUGGAUGUCUUGAAGCUUUACACCCGCUGGAGGUAUCACCCUCCACACCCUGAACGCGGCCAGACAAUUUUCGGCAUUCCGCCAGAUGAGAUUGGAAAAAUGCAAUAUGAGGCCUGGGGUAUGACACGAAGCCGGCGUAUACUAUUGCGUCCAGAUGAACUGAUCAUGAGGGAGUCGAUUCGUCGAGGGUUGAAUCUACAACUCCAUUACACAGACAUGUUUCUUUGGGGGUAUGUCGAUGCAAGAACGAGGAGUAAUACUGCGACCGAGAUACCUUCUCGUGCCCUGGAGAGGUUAGAGGGAAUGGAAGAGAUAUUGAUGUCGAGGGAAGAGCAUGCAAGGUCAAAAUUCGCCCUGGUGGCCUUUCCUCCACGGGCCUGA